CACAUGUGGUUUCGUCCCACUGCGCUGGGGCGCGCCAGCGGCGCGCUGGCCCACGUCGGCUGCGCGCUGGGCUGCGCUGGCCGCGCACUGAGCCGCGCCAACAGCGUUGUGCAGCGCAGUGGGGCGACGGUGGGGCAGGUGCUGGAGAAAGCUCACAGCCGGCAGGAGCUGUCGGCCGAUGACGCGGAGGUCCUCUUUCGGGCCGCCGGGUCGGAGUUGGGGGCGCUGCAACAGGCCGCAGACGCGCUGCGCAAGGAGGCAGUUGGGGAAGAGGUGACCUAUGUGGUGAACCGGAACAUCAACUUCACCAAUGUUUGCGUGAAACGCUGCGGGUUCUGCGCCUUCAGCCGCACGGGCAGGGAUCAGGAGGGGUACUUUCUGCCGCUGGAAGAGGUGCUGCGCCGCGUGCAGGAGGCCAAGGAGCUGGGGGCCACUGAGAUCUGCGUCCAGGCGGGGCUUGCGCCCAACAUGGCCCCCGCCUUGUACGAGGACAUCGCUCGCGCCAUCAAGGCAGAACACCCGGAGCUGCACCUGCACGCCUUCAGCCCGGAGGAGGUGCUGUGGGGAGCCAGGCGCAACAACGUGCCCCUGGAGGACUACUUGGCGCGGCUGAAAGCCGCCGGGGUGGACUCGCUGCCGGGGACCAGCGCUGAGAUUUUGGACGACAAGCUGCGGGCCCAGGUGGCCAAGGGCCGGCUGUCCGUGGAGGAAUGGGUGGCCGUGGUGAGCACGGCGCACCGCCUGGGGCUGCCGACCACGUCCACCAUGAUGUUCGGCUUCUGCGAGUCCCCGCGCCAACUCGCCAACCACAUGGUGCUGCUGCGGGAGAUCCAGAAGAAGGCGGAGGCGUCAGACGUCGUCGGCUUCACGGAGUUCGUGCCCUUGGGCUUCGUGGCCUCCGAGGCGCCCAUGUGGAAGCGUGCCGGUGCCCUGCAGGUGCGGCCGGGGCCCACCGGUGUGGAGGUGCUGAAAGCUCACGCAGUGGCGCGCCUGGUGCUAAACCCCUUGCUGCCGGGUGGCAUCCGAAACCUCCAGGUCAGCUGGGUGAAGGAAGGCUUCAAGAUGGCCCAGCUGAUGCUCACGGCUGGGGCCAAUGACCUGGGCGGCACCCUCAUGAACGAGAGCAUCUCCACCGCCGCGGGCGCAGGCCACGGGCAGCUGGCAGCCCCCAAGGACCUGCGGCGUUUGGCCUGGGAGCUGGGCCGCGGGUGCGCGCAGCGCAGCACCUCGUACGAGCGGCUCAAGAGCUUCGCCUGCCCCGGGACCGACUGGGACCGCAUCGAGGCUGAGACGAAAGGGGCGUUGGACCAGGUGGACGUGGCGCGCUUCGGGUCCUUCCAGGAGUUGGUCGCCUCUCCGGACUAUCGCUUCAAAGGCUCAGGCAAUCGCAAGGGAAAAGGGCCUAUGGCCGGGUCGUCCAGAGGCUACAGCACGGCACGUGCAGCCACCGUCAGCGACCAGUCAGCCGACCUGAGCAUCGGGGACCGGGUGGUGACGUAUUCCCCGUCUUUUACGCUGGUGCCCACGUACGAAUGCUUCAACGUGUGCAGCUACUGCAACUUUCGGAAGGAUGUCACCCGGGAAGGGGCGGAUUGGAUGUCGGAGCAGCAGGCGCGGCGGAAGCUGGAGAGCCUUGUGGGAACCGGGGUGGAGGAGAUCCUGGUGAUGUCAGGUGAGGUCCACCCGCGGGCAAGGAAUCGGGCAGCUUGGGUGUCCAUGGCGGAGAAGGUGUGCUCAACCGCCCUGGAGCUCGGCUUUUUGCCGCACACCAACAUCGGGCCUCUGGGCCGCUCCGAGAUGGCCCGCCUCAAGGAGGUCAAUGCUUCCAUGGGGCUCAUGCUUGAGCAGACGGUCGCCCUUGCGGUGCACGACUUCGCCCCAAGCAAGGAGCCCUCCAUGCGGAUGGCUCAGCUGCGGCAGGCAGGAGAGCUGAAGGUGCCCUUCACCACGGGCCUGCUGCUGGGCAUUGGGGAGACCACCUGUCAGCGCCUGGAGGCGCUGGAUGCUUUGGCGGAAGUGGCGGAGGAGUUCGGGCAUGUCCAGGAGGUGAUCCUGCAGCCGCACUCUUUGGGCAGCUCCCAGAAGCUUCGAGAUCCUGCGGAUGUGGCAGCUUCCCUGCCGGAGGUGGUGGCGGCAGCGCGAAAACGGUUGCCGCCCGGCGUGCGGAUCCAGGUGCCGCCCAAUCUGAUCCUCCAUCACACGCGCGGCGCGGAGAUCCUCAGGGAGUGCCUGGCCAACGGCGCGCGUGACUUGGGGGGGAUCUCCCCCAGAGAUGAGGUGAACCCGGACUUUGCAUUCCCAGUGCUCGAAGAGCUGCGGAAGCUCCUGACAGAGGAGGGCUACAUCCUGCAGUCGCGGCUGCCGGUGUAUCCACAGCACUUUGAGUGGCUCUCGGAGCGUGUGCGCCGCAACUUGAGGUGACGCUGGACACGACCCGUCGACACGAUGCAAGCAGACAUUCGGCAUGGGAGAGGCAAGGCAGGCCGUUGCACGGCAGGCCGUUGCACGGCAGGAUUUCAGGAGCUUCCAUCGACCGAUGAGACUGGAAGGCCAGACAGGUGUCCGGAGUGAGGCCUGCAAAGAGCUGCCCGUGCUGAGCCAAGGGGACCGAGGACAGAUCAGUGAUAGCCGCCUAAGCUCUCGAGUAGGUCAGGCUGCUCCGCUGGUUGCAG